UCCCGGGUCGCAAUGGCAACUGUUCGAACAGGACCACAGCAGCAACUGUUGUCGCAUUUGUAAUGAUACAUAGACAUCAUAAGUCGCUGAAGAAACUACUUUCUAAUGUGAGAAACAAACGUACACACUUUCUCAAGUCCGAAAAUGUCCCAGGGAUGUACCGUUUCUGUGGAAGAGAUCCAGUCCUGGUGGGAAGUCCCCGCCAUAGCCCACUUCUGCUCGCUGUUCAGGACCGCGUUCAACCUUCCAGACUUUGAAAUAGAGGAGCUGGAGAAAGCCCUAUCGGAGCAGGACUUGGACUUCCUUGGGGACCUCAUCGCGUGUCUGUUGCAGGGAUGCUACCAGCGCCAUGACAUCACCCCCCAGGCAUUUAGCAGUUACCUGGACGACAUCAUCAGCUACCGAUGGGAGCUAGAAGAAGGGAAGCCUAACCCCCUCCGAGAGGGCCCCUUCGAGAAUCUGCCUCCCUACACUCAGGUGCAACUGCUGCAUCGGCUCUGCGACUACCGCCUGGACGCUGCCGAUGUCUUUGACCUGCUUAAGGGACUGGAUGCAGACAGCCUGCGAGUGGAGCCACUGGGGCAGGAUGGAGAUGGAGCCCUCUACUGGUACUUUUACGGCACCCGUAUGUACAAGGAGGAGUCCGUCAAGAGGAAAGCAGAGAGGAUCAGUGAAAGCGCUGAGCUGACAUUACCAGAGAGAAAAAGAAGGGGAAGACCACCAAAGAGGAAAAGACUGGACGACUCCCCGCUCGUCAAGUCUUUAAGUGAUGUGGAGAGCGAAUCGUCCGGAGUGACAGAAGAGACGGAAGUGAAGGAAGAAAAGACUGAAAACGGUCUGGAAGAUCUCCGUCGUAGCACAGGCCGUAAGAGAGGCGCUUGGUCCCUUGUGUGUGAUACAGAGGAACAAUGGGUCAGUCUGACAGAAAGCAUCAAGGACAAAACCUCCCCACAGGACCGCCAUCUCUUCCGUGUCAUCAGCCAGAACUUCCUGCCUGAAAUCAGCAGCAUGAUCGAGCACAAGGAGCGGGAGCAGAAGCAGAAGCUACUAGACCCAGCCCCAGUUCGCAUCUCACAACGGUUCUCCGAACACAACAACCAAGAGGAGGAGGACAACCUGCCUCUAUCAGAGGACGACAAGAAGAAAUACGAAGAGCUCGACAGGCAGGUCCUGCUGGCCGAGCAGCGGCGAGAGGAGGAGAGGCUUCAGCAGGAGGAACAACAGAGAGAGAAACAGGAGAAGAUGAAAGCUGUGGAGGAGCGAGCAAAGAGGCGGAAGAUGCGUGAGGACAGGGCCUGGUUACUCUCUGAAGGGAAAGACCUGCCGCCUGAACUCCUGAAUCUAGAGCCUUCUUCUCCUGUCCACAGAACACGCCGGAAUAAAGCAUUCUAUGAAAUCGACGAUGACUACACAGCUUUAUACAAAGUGCUUGAGGUCUUGAAAGCUCAUAAAGACGCGUGGCCUUUCUUGGAGCCUGUGGAUGACUCCUAUGCCCCCAACUACCAUGAGCUCAUCCAGACUCCCAUGGACCUGUCCACUAUUGAAAAGAAGCUGAAUGACGGAGAGUACGUCUCUAAGGAGGAGUUUUCUGCCGACGUGAAGCUCAUGUUUGAGAACUGCAUGGAGUACAAUGGAGAUGACAGCGAGUACAGUAUCAUGGCAGAGUCUCUGGAACGGUGUUUUAGCCGGGCCUUAUUAAAACACUUUCCCUCAGAGGAUGGCGACACGGAUGAGGAAUUCCACAUCAGCAGUGAAGACAAGGAGCGCAAAGACAAAAAGCGUAACCGCGGCAGCAGUAGACAUUCUGGGCCUGAAAGUCUGAUCAAGGCCACAGAGCAAGUCCAACGCAAGAGAACCUCCCAAGGGGGCAAGGGCAGCACGCUCUCUGAAGAAGAGGCGAGCAAACGACCACGACCACCUCCUCCCCUCCACUGGGCCAAUGGCCCCCCUCACCCCCACAGCCUGCCUCCAGGCCAGCAGCACCACAUGCACCAAGGGGGCAUGUACCACCCAGGGCAACAGCUCCAUCGGCCCCCUGGUCCUCAUGGCCCACACAUGUAUGGCCAAAGAAUGGCCAUGGACCCCCGCUUCGCUUACCAAGCUCACAUUCCCCGGCAUGGAGACCCUGGUUUAAACCACCUGCCCCACAACUUUAACAUGCAGCAUCGCAUGGUAGAUGGCCCUCACAUGGGUCCCAGGUAUCCAAUGGGUUCAGACCCUAACCAGCAGCAGCCCCCUCACCAGCAGCAGCACCGCUACAUGGGCCCCACUCACGGCCCGUCUCUGGGCCCGCGUCCCGUCGGCCUCCAUCCCGGCCCUCCUCCUGAAGCCAGCAUGUAUCCAUCCCACCACCGUCCAGAGGGCCACAGCAUGCACCCUAUGGGUAACAGAUUCCCAGGGCCGGAAGGACCCUCUCAGCAUAACUACCCAGGCAUGAGACCCCCCGGUAUGGGCAUGUCCAACAUGUGGACUGGUAUGAAUCAUCAGGACAGACCCAACGGGAUGCGCAUGCAGGACCCAAACAUGGUGAACCAGCGCAGCUUCGGUUACGGUGGGGUCCCCCCUCCAGUGGGACAUAAACCCUGGCCAGAAGCAGCUGGAUACCCCCACCCUCCUCCCAAUGCCCAGUAUCAAAUGUCUGCAGCAGUCAGCUCCCAGGGGCCCAUGUCCUCUCUCCCCCCUGGCCCCCACCCAGACUCCUCUGGCAGGACACGCUUGGCAUCCAUGUUGGAGAGCCCGGAGAUGCUGGCUCUGCAGCAGCUGUCCGCCUCUUCCAGACCCCCUACAGGCACCCCUCAUCAGCACAUGGGCAACUUUCAGCAGCCCGGGCCCCCAUCAGGAAUUGGCAGCAUCCCAGCUCACCCCUCUCAGCAGCCCCCCCCUGCCCCUGAGGUUCAGCUGCUGCAUCCCGCCAGAGACAAUGGGCCCGACAGCCGGGCCUCCCAGCAGACCGACCCGCAGCCCAGAGACUCGGCAUCAGAGGAAAAGACGGCUACCAACAACAUUCCUGCUGAAGCUCCGUCCCAUAAAAACACUGUUUCAACUAACCAGGAGCACCCGUCCAGCCGCAGCCCCUCAGAGAGACUUCAGAGCCCCCCAGCCUCAAACUCAGCGAGACCCCAGGAGAAUCUGUCAGGACCUGGUCUCCCACAGAUUUCCACAGAGAGCCACAAGCAGGAGGCGGACAGCCAGAGACAAUCUGCCAGCCAUUCUGCCACUCAGCACACUACUGUUCCAUCCCAUCUCAACGACAACUCCCCUGAUCCUACUCACCCCCACCACCCUGCGCCCCCACAGGAGGGUCCGCAGCAAAAAGCCCAGAGCCCCGCACUUCUUCACCAGAACGUACCGCUGCCGCACGCUUCAGCGGCUCAGAACACCGCUCAGCAAAUGUCAGAGGGCAUCCUGAGUGAACAUCACACACCUCAGGCAGCACAGAGUACCCCUCCCCAGCAGAUUACCCUGAGCACACAGCUAUACAAUCCACUGCCCCCUCUUCACGGUUCCCAAAAUGUCUCCCUGCAGCGUCCCGCACAAAGCAGCCCCAUGCACAGGAUGCCGCAGAACGCCACACAAGUAGCCCAGCCCGGACCCCCUCAGCCAGCCCCGCUCACCUCUCUGCCCCCCAGUCACCCUACCCCGCUGUUACCAUGCCAACCCAGCCCUGCAGACCAUGGAGAUCAGAGACCUAGUGAGCCGACGAGCCGACCGGCAGACACUGACACCUCCACCGUUCCUCCGCAGCACAUGAUGAAAUCUGGGCCUCCGAACGGGAUUCACAAACAGCCCCAACACCCCCAUCAGACCCAGCCUCAGGCUCAGAGAGGCCCCCCCCACAAUCCUGCCAUGCCUCCUCAAGGUCAGGGAAAUGGAGCCAUGGGUGCAUACAGCAUGGGGGGCCAUCCCAACUACAGCCAGACAAGCACCAGCAGGCCCAUACCUCCGUCUACCCACCACCCCUACCAUAGCCAGGCGAACCCCCUCCACAACCCCUCCCAGCACCCCGCCUACCACCAGCAGGGAGGGGCUGCCUACUCCUACCACACAGCAGGCCAACAGCACCCCCAGGCCCACCCCAACAUCUACCAGCCUCACCAGUACCAGCAGCAACACUACUACCCACAACCCCACCCCCCAGCUCAGGCUCAUCACCAGGGGAACAGCAGAGGGGGUUAUCCUGCAGAGGAGUGGCACCGGCAUCAGUACCAGCCUCGCCAUCCCAUGCCCCCCAACGCCUACCUGCCUGCAGCCAGUGCCAGAGGUCACCUGAAGGAGAGCAGCAUGUCCCCACUGGGCUCUGAGGGCUCCAGUCUGGUGUCUCCCGGCCCAGGGCCUGAAGUGGGGCCACAGCCUGGGGGCCCAGAGGAGAGGAAGUGUGUGAGCAGGGAGCAGGACGGCGGCAGCAGCCCAGCAGAGCGGGCUCACACCGAUGGCUCCGAGCGACCCGAAAGCCCAAAAGAAAUCCUGGACCUCGACAGCCACAAUGCCGCUGCCCGCCGCCGCAACACCCAGCCGCCUCAGCAGCACCACCCCGCCUCCGCCGCUCACAUGGUGUCCGGAUUCAUGUACGACCCCCGAGCCGUACACCCUGGGAUGCAGCGUGGCGGCGUUCCUCCCCCACACAUGAUGUUUCAGUCGUCCGGCAACAGAGCGCCCUACCCCGGCCAGCAUUACGCUGAUCCCGGACGAUAUGCCGCCCAAAGACCCCACCCACACCUGAUGGAGGCUCUGCAGCGGCCCCAGCAGCUGCCCUUCUCUCCGGGGCAGACGCGCAUGGCCAUGUACGGACACCCCCGGCCUGCAGGGCACUUCCAGGGCAUGAUGAUUCAGCAGAGAGGCCUGGCCCCGGAACACUUCCUGCACCCGGGGCAACAGAUGAUGGCGGCUCCCGGCGGCCCAAGCGGUAAAUAAGGAGCAUACCAUAUCAGAGCAUGUUGUUAUCAAAGAACAUCUGGACCAAGCACUGAGCCAGGAGGAAGAAUAUGUGUGUGUGCUGAUGGAGACUGUAGAUCUCUUACCGAUCAUCUUUCAAUGGACAGGAACUUUCGGCUCGGUUUUGGCCCAUCACUGAACUUGGAAGAUCCAAACAGGCAGCUGGUAUUCCUACGAUAAUACUGUGAACUGGCAUUGAGCCCUGGAAAAAAUACUCUUUUUGCUUCUUUAAGUAGGACUGACUUGCUUCACCACAGUGGUUUUGAUCCAGGGCCCUCCAUCAGAAGGGCAUUAUUUUUAACCACUUGGCCAAUCUGUCCAUGACAGACCUGCGAGAACACUGGACAGAGCCUCUCCUUUGAGCAAUGGAAAUAUGAAUGGGUUAAACAACACUGAGCACCAUCCUGUCGGCAGUGCUUGUUGGAUCUUUUAACGAACACUGAGGAGGACUGUGGUGAAGAUGAGAUGGACUGUUGUUUUAACUAUUUCCUGUUCCAACUUUAUCUUUAAACUCAGGUGUAGAAAAAGGAGGUACUUUGAGACCGUCACCCUAACCCACGGCGACUCACAGGCCUCUUUGCAAUUGCCUUAGUUUGUGAAUGUAUGAGUGAAUGUGUAGACAAUGAGCUAUGCAGAUUUGCUGCAAGGACACAAACACAGAUUUUUCCGAAGAUAAACCGUCCUGCAAGAAGGCCCCGAUACUUUUCCUUUCCGGUCCAACUCUUGCAGUGUUUGUCUACUUCUAGCGUAAACGCGCUGUUUAUGCAUCUCCUCAAAGCUGCCUUCACUGUCAAGAAUGUCUUUCGACUACCAGAGUGGCAACACGCUGCAAUUUGUAUCCAACAAUCUCUGUUGUGCACUACGGGUUUCGACAUCCUGUAAUUGAGUGGCCUUGGAUAGUUUUAUUUUAAGUCAAACACAUAUAUGUAUGAAAAAUAUAUCCUUACCUCUUGUCCCAGAUGGGGGCACAUUUUUUAAAUGAUAUGUCCUGCUAGCGGGUAAACGGACAUCAAAUCCUGCUGUUAUUUCUUUUUUUAAUUGUGACAUUUGUUGCAUUCCACCUUCACAUUUGUACUUUGUGUCUUUAUUCACGGGCCGGCCCUUUGCAUGGUUGACUCUCUGAGUGCUUCCUCUUCCCCAAUAUAAAUGUAUCCUCAGGGUGUACAGUUUCUAUAUACGGGUAUUUUUCUGCAUUAUUUGAAGGAGGAGCAGCAGCAUGAAGACAAACACAACUUGUUUAGGUCUGUUUAACAUUAUCUAUGGCUAAUCACCCCUCACCCCAAAACAUAUUAAAUGACUUUGUCCGGCACCCUACACCUUGUAUAACAUCCAUGUUGCACCUGUGGACCCUAUUUGUGCAGUUCAGCGAUGGCAGCAAAUUAAUCUACCUCAUCUAGCCAAUCAGUGGCACUACUGAGACCCCCCCCCCCCCCCCCCCCCCCCCAUCCCCAUCCCCAAACUUCCUGUCCUCGCUCCUGCGGGUCAACAAUUUGUGACCACUUUUUUGUUUGUUGUUGGGCUUCCAGAACUGAUAAUGAAAUAGCAUCACAAUAGGUGUUAUUUAAAAGAAACAAUCCUUGAAAGUGUAACCUCUCUUUUUAACCGGGAUUCCAGGAUAAGAUUUCAUUCUUAGUUUUAGACAAUAUUACAUCACAUGUCUGAAACAGGACUGUAAAUGAGUCUCUAGUUGUACAGAUUGCAUGCCUUUCUGCCUAGAGGUUGUAAAACUAGACACAGUUUUCCAGUCUAGGGUCUGUAAUAGACUGCAUAGAGUUUGGGUUUACUACGUUUCUUAGUAAUAGGUACCUAAGGCAAUGAGGAGAUAGUUGAGGAAGGAUGAUGGAAUAGGAAAGUGCUAGAAGCUGUGAGACACUUGUCUAAAUGCGUCACACAAGACUUGCUAUUUUGUUAAAAUAGGAAGAUUGUCUUCAUAUUUAGCGGGCUACUUUUGGUAGUUUGUUCACUCGUGCUGUCUGAAGUAUGAAGGACAGUGAUUAUUUUAAAGGUCCAAGGUUGUGAUACUGUCUUACGCUGUACAGAUGUUUUUUGUGUGUGUGUGUAUUUCUCUCUGGUGUGUAGAAUGGGCACAAGAUGUUCGGAAGUGUGCAUUCAUCUCUCACUUUUACUCUGCUGUCACCUCUCUGCACUAGUGAAAACCAUUUUAGACGUGAUUAAAUGUGAAUCAUAUUUAUUUUCUCUUUUUAAGAUUUUUUUGUACAUUUUUGGACUUGUUUUAAUAUAAAUGUGGUGUAUGUUUUUUUUUCUUUGUUGAUUUUGUUUCAAGCAGUUGUCUUUUACCUCAGUAGCAUGGUGGCAUUGAAAAAAGACAUGUGCGUUUAAUUUUUAAGUGACGUUAACAAGUUGUUAUCUGACUGACAUAGAUUAUUUUGAAAAAUGCAAAGGAUUAUUUUCUAUACUGUACAUUUCUUAGAAAUAAAUCUCUUUUCUUGAACAA